AUGACUCAAAUGGAGCGACUUUUACCAAACUUAACCCAGCUGAUAAAUUUUGAAUUGCACGCGAAAGGUCGACGUGAUCUGGCCGAUGGUCACCGAUGGAAAGUGCUGACUGAAGGUCUGGUUACGUUCAAUUUCAAAUUUCAAAUUUAUUCUUCGCCAGAUGAUCUAACUCUCUCUUCGUUUCGUAAUGAAUUUUGGGUUCGUGAAAAACGCUGGUAUGUUGCUUACAAAGAGGAAUACCUUUUUUCCAUACCAUACUUUGCUCCGGUGGAAGUUCAUUGUUCUUCUGUGUCGUUGCUUUCCGUUUGGAAAACGGCUAAUGAUACCAGCUUCUAUGAAAACGUUACCAAGCUCAAUUUAUCACCGUGCCCGAGUGAAGAUAAUAUUCGUAUCAUCUCUACAAUGAUGGAUUUCGGCUGUAUACAGCAGUUGACUAUAUCGAAAUUAAAUCAUAUACUAUUUCUAAAUUUCUAUCUACUCAGUAUGCAUUGUCUUCACACCCUCUGCAUUAACGGAAGUCUCUCGCUAGAUUACAUUGAGCAAAUACGCCACUUUAGAUUUGAACAGAUUCGAACACUUAAGAUUUCCAGUAAUUCAAAAAUCACAGAUUACUUCAUUGAAGAAUUAUUACGUAUUUUCCCGUGUGUAAAACACUUAUACGUGUCAUGUCUUCAAUCUAGAGCACAGAUGAUUCGUUUGAUCGAUGGAUUUCAACAUUUAUUAAGUGCAUCAUUCACUAUUACAUCGUGGCACCAAGAAAAUGAACGACAUUGUUAUUUUGAACGCGAGUUGUUGAUUCGUGACUCACGACGAUUGACUAGAGGCACAUAUCGAUGUCGUUUUUAUCGUUCGACGCAUGGAAGUCAAUCGUAUGACAUACAUAUCUGGAUUGAAGAAAAGGUGAGUUCAUCAUCUUUCUUUGUGCUUGUACUAAACGCCUUUCAUUUAAAAUUGAAUUUUAGCAGCGACAAUUGUGUUGGAUAA